UUCUGUAAAUUCGGCAAUUCGCUUUGUAAAUCUUAAAGUUGUUUUGUGUUUACAAAUGUUUAUUAUGUGCUUAUGGCACUUCGCUAUGAACAAGUGUUUUUCGAGUAAGUGAAAAAUUGUUCUGUAUAUUAGACUGGUCGUUUUGUGCAUUUUACCGUUGUUCUAUAUAGAUUAUGUUGUUCUAUGUGUGCAACUUUGUAACGUAUCCUUAUCGCAGUUCAUUGUGUACAAUCCUUACCGUUAUCUCGAAAUGACUACACGUUCUGCGAACACAACCAACUGUUCUGCAAAUACUGUAAUGUGUUCUGUACAUACCCAUUAUUUACCUGUAUUUGUACAUAACCUUCAACCAAAAUAUUAAAAAUGGAGGCAAUGGAACGUGUUUUAAGAAGCGUUAACUUGGAUGCACAUUUUUUUAAAUUCAGGAGCGAAAAAAUAACCCCUGACAUUAUUUGUAAACUGACAAGGAAAGACUUUGUUAAUCUUGGAAUUAAUAGUAAUGCAGAUAUGGUGAGAUUACGUGUUGAAUGUAUCCCAUUUGGAAAAAAGAACAAGGUGUUUAAGUUCGAAAUAACAAAGGAUAUGAUUCAUACAUUGUUGGAAUCGGGCUUUACUGUGAAAGAUAUGGCUAAAAUGUUGGAUGUAUCAGAGAGAACAGUGUUUCGCCGAAUGAGUCAGUUCAACAUAUAUGUGCACAGUUUUACUGAUAUUGACAACCAAACGCUAGACAAGUAUGUCAGAGAGCUUAUUACCAAGUAUCUUCGCUGCGGAGAGAAAAUGAUAGGACAGAUACUUCGUGUGAGAGGAAUAAAGGUAAAGAGGUCCCAAUUAAGAGAACGACUGCACAUUGUCGAUAAAGAAGGGAUUCAAGAGAGACGCCACAGACGUUUGCACAGAAGAAUCUACAACGUGGAGGCCCCAAAUUAUGUAUGGCACAUUGAUAUUAAUCACAAGCUAAUUCGAUGGAGAUUCAUUAUUUCUGGUGGUGUUGAUGGCUUCAGUCGUUUUGUUGUUUUUCUUAAAUGUAUCGAUAACAACAAGUCCAAAACAGUAUACGGCUGCUUCAAGGAAGCUGUUUCAAAAUAUGGGAUUCCAAAGAAAGUUCGAACAGAUCAAGGAAUGGAAAAUCUUGAUAUUGCCAGAUAUAUGCUGGAUAACGGUUAUGGAAUGAUAACAGGCAAAAGCGUUCAUAACCAGCGUGUUGCGAGAAUGUGGAGGGAUGUGUACGAAGGUGUUCUGUCUUACUUCCAUGACCUUUUCUUUUAUAUGGAAGAGGAAAGUAUUCUAGAUCCUCUGGAUGAGCGCCACAUAUACGCACUGCAUUUUGUUUUCCUUUCGAACAUAAACCAUAAACUUGACACGUGGAAUGAGGCGUGGGCAAACCACAGAUUGCGAACUACUUCCAUGACCUUUUCUUUUAUAUGGAAGAGGAAAGUAUUCUAGAUCCUCUGGAUGAGCGCCACAUAUACGCACUGCAUUUUGUUUUCCUUUCGAACGUAAACCAUAAACUCGACACGUGGUAUGAGGCAUGGGCAAACCACAGAUUGCGAACUGUUCGUUAUACUCCUAAACGUUUGUUUUUAGCAGGAGCAAUAAACGUAAAUACAGACCGUCCUUCUCAAACAGCAGACGAAGCAGAUACCGUAAAUGCUAACCAGCUAUUACAUGAGUCCAGGCCGAUAUUUCAGCAAUCAAUAUAUAUUGUUUCUCAACAGUGUCAGCAGGAGUUGGAACAUUUAGAUACAGAUUUUGAGAUUUCUCGAUCCGGAGUCCAGAUUUUCAUUCAAGCUGUACACAUUAU